AUGAACCCAGAUGACCAGCAAAGAAAGAACAGUCUACUGCGAGCGUGCAUCAAGAGUUAUUUCUUGUCCUUUCUUUCUCCAGUCAUACCGCGACUAUGUCUCUCAGUGUUCACGUUCGCCCAGCCAUUUCUCAUCAACACCACUGUGAGCUUCGUCGGCCAAGAGAAGCCUGAUGCCAACUUCGGUAAAGGGCUCAUCGGCGCAUGGGCUCUGGUUUACCUUGGCAUUGCUGUCAGCAACUCGAUAUUCCAGUAUCACAAUCUGCGCUUCACAACGAGAUUGCGCGGAGGACUGGUUGCACUCAUUUAUCAGCAGGCAAUCAACACUCGAGAGGCGGACACGGGCGACAUAACUGCGGUUGCCCUCAUGGGCACUGACGUAGAGCGCAUUCACAUGUCAAUGUCUGUAUUUCACUUGCUCUGGAGCUCAUUGCUUGAUAUCAUUAUCGCAAGCUGGCUUCUGGGGCUCCAGCUCUCACUUGCGUGCCUUGCUCCAAUCAUACUGGUUCUUGUCUUCAUUGCCGCGAUGUCCAAGGUAUCGGUGGCCACGAACACAGCUCAAAAGCACUGGAUUGAAAAGAUACAAGAGCGCCUUCGAGUGACCACGACAAUGCUCAGUGAGAUGAAAGCUGUGAAGAUGCUAGGACUCACUCAAGUCAUGUCGAACACGGUCCAGAAUCACCGCACCGACGAGAUCGAGACCUCGAAGUCUUUCAGGAAGCUGUUGGUAGCGACGUUAUUGCUUUCCCUCAGCCCGAUCAAUCUCGCCCCUAUCGUGACCUUCGGUAUCUACGUCAUCAUCUCCGUCUACUGGAAAAACGAUACCCUGUUGCCGGCGCAGGCAUUCACGUCAAUUGCUUUAAUAUCUUUGCUAACUACACCGGUCGUCGCCUUCAUUCAGAUCUUGCCCAUGGUCGUUCAAUCGUUAUCCUGCUUCGAUCGCAUCCAAGAUUUCUGUAAUUACAGCUCUCCAAGAAAGACUAAAGAUCAGCGUGUCAACCCAUCUUCCUCAAACUCCCAGACAGCUUUGCCAGCGAGGAAAGGGCCUACAGAGCUACCACAGUCCAGCCGUCCCUCUCAAGAACCUAUUUUGUCUUUCAGCGGCGAAAGCUUUGGUUGGAAGGAAGAGCAGAGUUUACUUCAUGAAAUCAACGUUCAAAUCCAGCCCAAUACUGUCACGACCAUUGUGGGGCCUGUUGGAAGCGGCAAGUCAAACCUCCUCAGCGCCAUGCUGGGGAACAUGAUCAGAACAUCACCGAUGACGAACAGAUGUGGAGAUGAAAGAGGCUGCAAUGAAGAGAUCGCAUAUUGCUCGCAAACUCCAUGGCUAGAGAACGGAACAAUUCGACAGAACAUUCUCGGUGUCUCGGCCUACGAAGAGAAAUGGUAUGACACAGUUGCGCUCGCAUGUGGGCUUGAACCAGACUUUCAAGCCUUGCGCAUGGGUGACUUCACUAUUGUUGGUAGUCAAGGCGGCAACCUCAGCGGCGGUCAGAAGCAGCGAAUUGCUUUGGCAAGGGGAAUCUAUGCACGAAAGCGCAUCGUUAUUCUGGACGACAUCUUCAGUGGGAUGGAUGCCCGCACUGCGCAUCAUGUCUCAACCUGUUUGAUCGGACGUGACGGACUUCUACGGAGACAGCGCGCGUCCGUUAUUAUUGCAACUCACAGCCACAGGAUCAUGGGCCUAGCCGAUAGCAUAAUCUCGCUGGACGGUGGCAGAGUGCAAGAAAUAGGCAGGCCCAUGGACCUGGUGCAAGGUCAAGGCUACGUCAGCAAGCUCGGGCUCAUGUUAUCCCCUGACGAAGAUGUUGCCAAUGAUUCCGCAUCCUCUGUUGAGCCUGAGGCUUCUGAGAAGAACCAGGGAGAAAAAUCUGAAAUGGGGAAUCAUAGAGAACAGAUACACACGGAUGUCAGACGGAAGAACGGCGAGAAGGCAGUUUACCUUUACUACUUGAAAAGUGCAGGCUGGAAAGCUAUUGUCAUGUACACGGCAGCUGUCACAUCAUGGUCUUUCUUUUCGGAAUUCUCCACCGUCUGGGUCAAAUGGUGGUCCGAGUCAAAUUCUUCUAAUGCAAACCAGGACGUCGGAUAUUUCAUGGGUAUCUAUGCCUUGUUCGGGGUUUUGGGAACACUUAGUUCCUCAAUCGCCGCCUGGUUCGCAUUCAUCGACAUCAUAUCUAAUACAGCAUUGAAAUUGCAUUCAGACCUUCUUCAGACUACUGUUUCCGCAACAUUUGCUUUCUUCUCCAAGACAGACAAUGGAGAAAUAUUGAACAGAUUUAGUGAGGAUAUGCAGCUGCUGGAUAUGGACUUGCCAUCAAACUUGUUGAACUAUACAUCAACCGGCGUCACGAUACUUGCUAAAGUCAUCAUCCUGGUCGUAUUCUCUCAGUAUCUCGGAGGUACCCUACCAUUCCUCUGCGCCAUACUCUACUUGCUGCAACGCUUCUAUCUUCAGACAUCGCGACAAGUCCGUCUCCUCGGUAUUGAGGCAAAAGCACCUCUUUACACCCACUUUUCCGAGUCGGUAGCCGGAGUUGCCACAAUUCGGGCCUUUGGGUGGCAAGAACAAUACCAAGCACGCAAUUACGAGCAUGUUGACGAAUCGCAGAGACCCAGCUACACCCAGGGCUGCAUCCAGGCAUGGCUCACUUUCGUCCUCAACCUAAUCGUAGCCGUAUUAGCAGUGAUACUGGUGGUUAUUGUCGUAACGUGGCACCACAAGUUUAGCGCUGGAAGCGUCGGUGUCAGCCUCGUUAUGAUCAUUGGCUUCAGCGAGGUGUUGGCUCGUCUCAUUCAAAGCUGGACAAAGCUGGAGUCCAGCAUCGGUGCAGUUGCUAGAGUGAGACGAUUCGUCUCGGACACUGAAACCGAGUCGGCGGCUGGAAGAUGGACACCGCCAGUGAACUGGCCGCAAACCGGAGCUGUGACGUUUUCGGACGUUGUGGCGUCUUAUGGGUCUGACGCUUCACCUGUUCUCAAGAAACUAUCGCUAGCUAUCGGAGGCGGCCAGCAUGUAGCGAUUUGCGGCCGGUCUGGAAGUGGCAAAACCUCCUUGAUCAUGACUCUGCUGCAAAUGACAGACAUGAAAGAAGGCAGGAUUGACAUUGACGGGGUUAAUGUCUCGAACCUGCUGCAAUCCGAGCUUCGCGCAUCCCUCAACGUCAUUCCCCAGGAUCCAUUCUUGAUGCCUGGGACUAUUCGCUUCAACCUCAACCCUUACGGAAAUAGUCUAGAUGACGACAGAUUCGUUGAAGCACUUAAAAGAGUUGGCGUUUGGUCACUCGUGCAAGAUCAGGGUGGUUUGGAUACAGAAAUGAACGUCAACGCGUGGUCAGCUGGCCAGAAGCAACUUCUCUGCUUGGCCAGAGCCAUGCUACGACAAUCAAAAGUUUUGAUAUUGGAUGAGGCAAUGAGCAGUGUGGACAGCGAGACAGAGGCAAUCAUGCAGAAUAUCGUUGAUUCUGACUUCAGGGACUGCACAGUUCUUGCCGUAAUGCACAGGCUCAAGCAUGUCACCCACUACGACAAGGUUGCCCUGUUGGGAGAUGGAAAACUUCUCGAGUUUGAUACCCCGGAAUCUCUUAUCUCCGGAGAGACUCAGUUUGCUGAGAUGUUCAAGAUGAAAGCAAACUAA